AUCAAUCCACAGAGUAAUCCAUUACCAGGUUUUGUAGCAUCCCUAUAUUGCCCAUUGCCUAUCGCAACGCAGGAUGAACUAGUGGGAGCAGAAACACUAUGGCUGCCAGUCUUUCCCUGACUCAGCUUUCGAGUGGGAAUCCUGUCUAUGAGAAAUACUAUCGACAGGUAGAUCCGUCUGGCAGUGGGCGUGUAGGAGCUGCUGAUGCUGCCUUAUUUUUAAAGACAUCUGGCCUUACAGACCUGAUCCUUGGCAAGAUAUGGGACUUAGCAGAUUCAGAUCGCAAAGGCUCGCUAAACAAGCAGCAAUUUUUUGUCGCCCUCCGUUUGGUGGCGUGUGCUCAGAAUGGACUUGAAGUGUCUCUUAAGAGCUUAAAUACUGCAGUUCCUCCCCCAAAGUUUCAUGACACUAGCAGUCCUCUUCAGUUUGGCCCCGUGCCCACGGACUGCCCAUGGGUUGUCAAGGCGGAGGAGAAGCUGAAAUUCGAUGCCAUCUUCGACAGCCUCAUUCCUGUGGGCGGCAUGCUCACGGGCGAUAAGGUCAAACCAGUGCUCCUCAACUCUAAACUCCCUGUGGACGUUCUUGGCAGGGUUUGGGAGCUCAGUGACAUUGACAGAGAUGGCAUGCUGGACAAAGAUGAGUUUGCUGUGGCCAUGCAUUUGGUAUACAGAGCCCUGGAGUCUGAGCCAGUUCCCAUGUCUCUGCCUGCCGUUCUGAUUCCACCAUCAAAGCGGAAAAAAAUAGCCACACCUCCUGUGAUGCCCCUCUUAUCAUCCCCAGCACAGCAUAAAGAGAGAGGCUCCGCCCACUCUGGAUCUAAAACACUUCCAGCUAAACCUACACCACCACAGUGGGUGGUAUCUCCAGCAGAGAAAGCCAAAUAUGAUGACUUAUUCACCAAGACAGACAGUGACAUGGAUGGCUUGGUAUCUGGUGCUGAGGUCCGAGAUAUAUUUCUAAAGACUGGUUUGCCAUCUGCCACUUUGGCCCGCAUUUGGGAGCUUUGUGACAUAGGAGACAUCGGAAAGCUGAGCCGAGAACAGUUUGCAUUAGCUCUAUAUCUAAUCAAUCAGAAGAUGUCAAAGGGAGUCGACCCACCCCAGACACUCUCUCCGGAAAUGAUCCCUCCUUCUGAUAGACUGGCACAACAGAACAAUGCUGCUGCAGUACAGGCUGCUGAUUUCUCUGCAAUUAAAGAGCUGGACUCGCUCACCAAUGAAAUCAUGGACCUACAGAAGGAGAAGAGCUCGGUGGAACAGGACAUCAAAGAGAGGGAGGAAACUAUACGGCAGAGGAACAGUGAAGUCCAGGACCUGCAGGAGGAGGUUCAGAAGGGCUCGGAGGAGCUGAGCCGUCUGCAGGCGGAGCGACAGGAGGUGCAGGAGAAGCUGGAGAGGCUGGACGAGCAGAAACGCUCUCUAGAGGAGCAGCUCAGACUCAUACAGCAACAAUGCAGCCAGGAAACCCAACUGAUCCAGUCAUUGCAGGUGGAGCACUCCGAGCAGGAGCAGAGAAUCGGUGACUUUGAAGAGGAGUUGACCAGAGCCAGAGAAGAACUGCUCCAACUGCAGGAGGAGACCCGUCAACUGGGAGAGAAAGUUCAGUCUGCCCGUGAUCAACUCUGCCCCCUUGAGGAUGCUGUUAAAGAAUCCCACACACAGAUUGCUCAGGAACAGAAACGUUUGGCCGAGCUUAAAUCCGAGGAGAGAGAAGUGACCGCAAGACUUACGUGGAGAAUCCUGGAAGAGCCGGUGCUCGUCAACGGAACAGCGCCCCCCUCUGAGCAGCCCGAGCAACUGCAGUGGCCUCAACCCACAGCACAGCUGCUGGAGAAACCCAAAGACGACAAAGUCCAGGACGAAGAGGAGCAAUCGUCUGUGGAUGAGCCGCAGGAGCUUAGAGUCACAGAGGAGCAGCCCGGGUCAGAGGCAGAGGAGCCGUCCACCAGCCCAGAGGAGCAAGAGCCUAAAGCUGACUUGUAUAGCUCUGACCUUUACAACAGUGGGUUAUGCACUGCCAGCCCCACUGCUAUGGCCUGGCCUCAGGGGAACACGGAAAGCACAACACAAGCUAACCCAGAGCCAGAGAUCGAGGAAGAGAAGGGAAAGCCAGAGGAGCAGCCUUCCACCAGCUACCCAAAGGCGGAAACUGUGGAGCCAGAGAAGAAGGAAGCUGCCCAGCAAGUUACUAAGCCGCCCAGUGGUCCUGGCCUUGACUUCUUCCAUUCGGACCCUUUCAUUGACAGUGAUCCAUUCACUGAAGACCCUUUCUCAAAAGUUGACAUUUUAGAUCCUUUCAGUGGGGACCCUUUUAAAGGCACAGACCCGUUUGCAGCAGAUAACUUCUUCAAGCAGUCCUCAGUUGGUUUCCCCUCAGGAGAUCCUUUUGGGUCUUCCGAUCCAUUCAGUGCCACCACAGGCCCAAAAGAACUUGAUCCAUUCACAUCCAGCACAACCAGUAAUGCAGUCACUCCAGACCCGUUUGCUUCCGGUAGUGGUAACAUCCAAGACACUGAUCCAUUCGGAUCCAAAAUGGAUGCCCUGGGAGACUCUGAUCCCUUCAGCUCGACUGGCACAGGACACGAUCCAUUUGGAGGAUCAGAUAUUCCAGCAAGAGAUGGACCAGCAGCAGCCAAUGAUCCUUUUGCCCCAGGAGGAACUACAGUAGCCACUAACUCAGACCCAGAUCCCUUUGCUGCAGUAUUUGGCAAUGAGACUUUUGGAGGAGGUUUUGCAGACUUUAGCAGCUUAACAAAAUCUAAUGGCAGCGAUCCAUUCGACUCGAGUACAAACAAGAAUUUAUUUAAGGAGGACACUCAGUCAGAUGUUCCUCCAGCAUUACCGCCCAAAACCGGAACACCCACCAGACCUCCACCUCCACCCCCAGGUAAGCGGUCCAACAUCCACCGAUCAGAGUCGUCCGAGUCAUUUCAGAGGCGUGGUUUGUUCAAGGCUCAGGGCUCUGGAGAGUUCUCCUCCCUUCCCGCUAAAGACUCGGUACCAGACCCCUUCGCCCCUUCCUCACCCCACCAAGCCCCGCGCGACCCCAACCGAUUCGCCAGCUUUGACAAAUACCCCACAGAGGAGGACAUGAUAGAGUGGGCGAAGCGGGAGAGUGAGAGAGAAGAGCGGGAGCGCGUGGCUCGCCUGACCCAGCAAGAGCAGGAGGAUCUGGAGCUGGCGAUAGCCCUCAGCAAAUCCGAGCUGUCCUGACCCAAGCUUCAUACAGCACCACCACCACCCAAGCCACAUUAAUGAGGAGGAGGAGGAACAGAGGAAGAGCUGGAAUCACCACAAUUAGAAGAAUCCUUCACCCCCAUCUCCAGUCAUUUGAUAAUCAUCUAGGAUUCCAGCUUCUUCUGAAUGUCCACUGAGUUCUCCUGGUGUCUGGUUGGCUGGAUAAUAUAUGAAGGCCAAGUUAAGAUGGAGUUAAAGGUAACAGACUCAUUGCAGCCUAUGUGGCUUGAAAUCUCUGGUGUGACUUACUCCCUUUGUUUUAAAAUAACCUCAAAUCAAGAGAGCACCACUGAUCCAAAACUGUAAGAUCUGAUGUCCAGUUCGAUAUAAUUGAACAAGUGUUCCUGAACAAAUCUAUACCCUUCUAUUUGAAGUUUAUUUUAGAGUGAUUAUAAUAAGGUUACCAGUGCAGUGAAUGUAUGUAGAUCUGUGACGUAGAGGGUUAAAGAGAAAUCCACAACAAGUGUUCCAAGGAUCGUUCUCUUGCUUUUAUGGGCAAUAUUAACUAUUUUGUUUAACGUUUACAAGCAGCCGAAUUGGGCAGCUUCAUUCGCUUUUCAAAGUUUCAACAAUAGUUCUCUGACAUAAGAGGUUUUUAUUGUGGGCAUGUCUGUCCACUCUCAGGGACGUAUCCCACAAGCCAUGAAACCUCAUAACCACAACCUGAUCAGUGAAGUUCAGCUAGAAUUGAAGAUGAGGUGCUUGUAACAUUAUCAUCUACUGCAACUGAAUUUCUACCCAACUAAGAGAGAACAUUGAUGAAAUUUAGAAAAGAACAACCAUGCAACCGCCAUUUUACCUUUUAUGAUUUUAACAGUACAGCAUUUAUACUUUACUCAGACUCAAUCUGUCCUUUUGAAGAAUCGAAAUCGACAAGCUACUAAGAGUCGUUAUUUGACAUUGCAAAUUUAUAAAUAGCUGUUAUAAAUAAUGAAAAUGUACAUACUUGUGAAAUGUUUGCCAGUAAUCUUACUACAGUGUAUUCAUAUCCUAAAACAUAUUCUAUUUUAUCAAAAAACGUAGAAUAUAGGAAGUUUGCUUUAUAAAAAUAUCCCUUCUGUCUUAUAUCUAAUGACAAGUGCUGAAGCAGUCGGAUGAAAUGAUUUAAAAAAAAAUUUUGGCUCAAAAUGUGUAGCAAGUCUUGUUAUCUGAUUUUCAGAAAACUGAUUUAACGAGUAAAUCCGAGCCAUGGUAAAUCAAGCCGUGAUAUUUUCUGUAGUGCCUACCUGUUCAGCUUUGCCUUGAGAAAAUCAACUUGUGCUGAAUCAGAAAUGAUCAUUUGUUAAUCCUUUAAUAGCAUUACAUUUCUCGAAAGCACUCUUAAUACACAAAUGCAAUGUUUCCACUGUCAUUUAAGAUAUAAGUACCAGCUGCUUUCCUUUUAUUCAUUUUGUACAACAUUGUCACUUGACACAUUUCCAAAUAUGAUUAAAACACUCUCUGGGGAUCGAUAAUGCACAGUUGGUUGCAUUUUCAUGUGCACAAAUCCGUAUAAGCUUAACAGGUGGUAAAUUUAAACCUAAUACCAAUGCAGUUAUCAUUAUUACAUUGCAACAUGUAAAAAACAUUUCAGUUGUCUGUAUGUAGUUUCACCAGUAGGUGGACUCACUGAGAUAUGACACGUGAAAAACAAGAACCUGCUUUCAAAGUUCAGUCUCGUGGGUAUAGUUGGAUUCUGAAGUGACUACAAUAGAUGUGAUUUGUGAAGAUUUUCUUUCACAUAAAAUUUAUAUAUGAAGGCACCUGAAAGCAAAAUGCAAUAAUGUGCUCUUUUUUUUUUUAUACUUUUUUUUUAUGCUUUGUCAGAUUCCCAACCCCCUUUGGCCUUUGACAUUUUGGUUCAGGACUCUAUCUUAGACAUAGAAAUAUGUGGCUGAGGUGAAGAUAAUGAAAGAAGGGAAUAGCAACGCUUGUCUAAUCUGCCUUUUAUUUGGCCAACCCAGCAUUUACAUGCAAUUCAUGAAGAUUUGAAGCAUUACCGUUAAUCAGGCAGAAACACAGCAUUAAAAAAACUUGCACUCCUCAUUUCAAACCAAUGCUUGGCCUUCUCUUUAUGGCUGCUGCUUGUUUGUUAUCGCCCCUGCAUAUUGUUAAAAAGUUCUUAUGGUCUGUCUAUUGUUGAUUAUGUAUGUAUGUAUGUAUGUAUAAGCUUUGUGUGCCUCUAAAAGAAAACCACUUAUAUGUUGGCCACUGACUGCCUUUUAAGAACAGGCUAAUUGUAUUUUAUUUUUUUAACGUCCCAUUAUUGGAGGCAAUUGUUUAAAUGUUAAGUAACGUAAUUAAAACAAACAAAAUAAAUAUUAAACUAUUAAAAAAUA